AUGUCUACCGACAACAAUGAUUGGGGAUGCUGUGGUGAUAACCCUGACACAGAAGAGUACAUUAAGUGCCAGAAAUGCUCAAAAAAGUUUCAUGUGGCCUGUCUCAGCUCUCCCUCCGUAAUAAAACCAAGUGAGCUUUCGACAUGGGAAUGUCCUCUAUGUACCAGCCUACGACCAAAAACUGGGCAUAACGACAACACGCCGGUGCGAUUUAACCCUAAUGUCACGGUACGGGCUUCUAAAAGACAGGCACUGCAGUCACCUCCAAUAAUAGGAGCGUUGGCUGAUGAAGUUAGAGGUAUCAUGCAGGAGUAUUGUAAGAGCAUUACAUCUAAAAUCGAUUCCCUAACUAUUUCCAUUAGUUCUGAAAUAAAAUCAGUUAAGGAGGAGAUGCUGGAAAUUAGGAGCUCUAUGGAUUUCAUGAAUUCCAAAUAUGAAUUGUUGAUCAAAGACCACAAAGAAACUAAACAGGCGAUGGUUGAUUUCCAAAAAGAAAACAGUGCUCUAAAGACCAAUGUUAAGGACCUCACGGCGCGAAUUAAUACCCUUGAACAGAACGCACGAGCUAUGAAUGUAGAAAUACAGUGCAUUCCUGAAAAAAAUAAUGAAAACUUAAUGCAAACUACACAUAAAGCAGGCGUGGCUGCUGCUGUUGCCGAGUCAUACAAGCGGCGCAAAAAUGCAACAUUUGGAGAGGGAUCCAUGUGUUUGCCGUUUGGUGUAGAAACGCUGGUGCUGUGGGGUCCAAUUGGAUGGAAUGAUGUAAGCUUUCAUGGAUAUGAUCAAAUAUUGACUCCCAACAUUGACCUACUCGCCUACUCUGGUGUAGUAUUCGAAAGGUAUUAUAGCCACUGCAUAUGCACGCCUACGCGCUCAGCGUUGCUUACUGGAAAAUUUGCUCAUGUCACAGGAAUGCAGGGCUUACCUCUACUUAACAGUGAAGAUAGAGGUUUGCCACUGACAGAGAAAGUUUUACCACAAUAUUUCAAAGAGCUAGGUUACGCAACUCAUUUAGUGGGCAAAUGGUAUGUAGGCCAAUCUCGAACUAAAUUUUUGCCCACUUCACGCGGUUUCGACAGCCACUUCGGACAUAGGGGCGGGUUUAUUGAUUACUAUGAAUAUGAGUUACAAGAAGACUGGAAUUCUACAAUCAGAUCUGGUUUUGACUUAUUUAGGAAUUUGAAUCCCGUUUGGAAUACUGAAAAGGGAUAUAUUACUGACCUCUAUAACAAUGAAGCUAAAUCAAUAAUACUUUCCCAUGAUGAGUCGAAGCCGUUAUUUUUGAUGGUAAACCAUAAUGCACCCCACUCUGCAAAUAAUGGUGCUCUACUUCAAGCGCCCCCCGAUGAAGUUCGAGCUAUGCGUCACGUGGAAAACCCGGAGCGAAAGAUAUUUGCAGCUUCUGUGAAAAAGCUUGACGAUAGUGUUGGCGAUAUUGUGCAAACGUUGCUGAAGAAAGGAAUUCUGCAUAAUACUAUCAUUGCAUUUAUAUCAGAUAAUGGUGCAAUGACAUCGGGAUUACAUUUGAAUUACGGAUCUAAUUGGCCUUUACGUGGCAUUAAAAUGUCCCCUUAUGAAGGAGGUGUUCGUGUUAAUGGACUUGUUUGGUCUCAGACCUUAACAAAUAAUAAUCAUGCAUGGGGUGGUUACAUGCAUGUUGUAGAUUGGUUGCCUACUUUAUUAAGAGCAGCUGGUGCCAAACCACCGCCUAAUAUUGAUGGAAUUGAUCUUUGGAAUGACAUAGUACAUAACAGAACAUCACAAAGAUCUGAAUUUUUUGAAAUCAAUGACUAUACCGGAUAUGCAUCUAUCGUUUCCGGAGAUUUUAAACUAGUGACUGGAUACGUCAAUCCUGAGUAUAGUACAUAUCAAGGAGGUGACUUAAGGGGUACAAUUGGUCCUAAGCCUUCAUACUUCAAGUCACUUGUGAAAAGUAAAAUGUACUCAGUGCUUUAUAAUGUUGCAAAACAAUUUAAUAUUAAACAUGUAAGUUUGAGAAACAAGCUGCGAAUUGAUUGUAAAGUAAAAAAUGAUAGCCAAGAUGGAACACUUUGUUAUUCCGACAAAAAUAAAAUGUGUUUAUUUAAUAUCAAAGAAGAUCCCUGUGAAAUGCAAGAUUUGGCAGAAAAUUAUCCAGAUGUGGUACAAAAGAUGUUGGACAGACUGAAAAUUGAAAUAAAUCGAACAAUUCCACGACAAGUCCCAGCUGUUUCUGAUCCUCGAGCGGCACCGCGCUUACAUAAUUUUGCGUGGGACGUAUGGGCAGAUAAUGUGUCUUAG